AUGAUAGCGACAGUGAGUUUUCAAGUGUCAACCAUGCCGAGCGCUGAGAAAAAAGUGAAUGAAGUUUUAAAUUCCAUUGUUAAAGAGAAGUUUCCUAACGCACUCGAUGUGAAAAUUAAACCUAUUACCGGUGAUGGUGCUAAUUACACCUCAGGGUUAUAUCAAGUUUCUGUUGCUACUCCUGAAAGUACUUUGGAAUUGUUUGUAAAAGCCGGCUCAAUGGGUUCUCUCGUCGACACUUGUAACCACAUGUUCCGCACAGAAGAGAUCUUGCUCACCACCGUUUCUAGUGCGUUCGAAAGAUUACAAGACAAACAUGCUGUAAAAGAAAGAUUCAUAUUCCCAAAAUUCUAUGAGUAUAAGAGUGUGGAUAAAAUCAUCGUGAUGGAGAAUAUAGCAUACAAAGGAUAUGAGGUAUAUGAUAGAUUUAAGAGCAUUGACUGGAAAUAUGCAUCCAAAUCUGUAGAAACAUUAGCCAGGUUUCAUGCACUCUCCUUUGCAUACAAGAACGAAUAUCCAGAAGAGUUCAAGAAAAUUCUGGAAAUAAUAAAUAUGCCUCGGAAGUUUUUCACAGAUCCUCAAUUUGAAAGUGCAAGCGAUGGGGCAUUGACAGUUGUGGAUGAAGAAGAUAGAGAGACACUGUCUAAACUGCUUGAGGGCAGUGAGGGUAUCAGCCAAAGUUUUGAUCUGACUGAACCUCGUGAAACUACAGUAAUCGCGCAUAGUGACUUCCGACCAAGUAACCUCAUGCAUAAGAAAGUAAAUGGAGAAUAUCACGUGAUUCCCAUAGACUACCAAACGGCGAGGCCUGGUUGUCCGGUAGCCGAUCUCCUGUACUUCAUCCUGAUGGGUUCCGAUCAGCAGUUUCGGAAGAACCACUUCCACCAGUUGGUAGACCAUUAUUACGAAAACUUGGCUCUGGCGAUAAAAGAACUUGGAUUGAAUCCAGAUGAGGUGUAUGGGAGGGAGGAAUUUGAUGGCGACAUGAAAGCGAAACUUCCCAUCAGCCUCUGCGUGGCGGCGUCCUGUCUUCCAUUCACGACGGCGGACGCCGACAAUGCUCUGGACUUCGAUAGCGGACGGUGUGUGCCGGCCGUGAACCAACUGUUCGCCGAACGGUUCCGCGAACUGAUGCAAGACUACAAGCAGUGGGGAGUUAUAUAGACUACAGUGUAUAGAUUUUGAAAAAAGUAAUAAGAAAUAUUCACAAUA